AUGGAAAGAAUUAAAACUCCAUUUGCUUUCGUGCUGCAGCUGCAAGCUGCCUGCCGGCAGCAGCAAGAGCUGCGCCGCAGCGCAGCAGAAGAAAGAGAAGCAGCAGCGCAGCAGCUAAGAAGAAGACAAAACCAACUGCAAAAAGAAACUGCAGAAGCAGCCUCCAAAGCAAGCAGCAGCAAGCAGCAAAAACAAGCACCGAAAAAAGGGCAAGAAGCAGCAGCAGCAGCUGCCGCAGCAGCAGCAGCAGCGGCAGCUGCAGCAGCGGCAGCAGCAGCGGAAGUAGCAGCAGCAAGCCUGAGGGAAGCAGCAGCAGCGGCAGCAGAAGCACUAACAGCAGCAACAGCAGCCCUAGUAGCAGUGACGGCAGCAGCAGCAGCAGCAGCAGCAGUGGCAGCACUAAUAGCAGCAGCAGCAGCAGUAGUAGCACUAAUAGCAGCAGCAGCAGCAGCAGUAGCAGUAGCAGCAGCAGAAGUAGCAGUAAUAGCAGCAGCAGCAGCAGCAGUAGCAGUAGCAGUAGCAGCAAUAGAGGCAGGAACAGCAGUAGUAAUAGCGCUAGCAGCAGCAGCAGCAGCAGCAGCAGUGACAGUAAUAACAGCAGCAGCAGCAGCAGCAGCAGCAGCAGCAGCAGCAGCGCAGCACCGGAGUCGCCCAAGGGUUUCCUGGCUUUCCUUCUUCGGGCGUUUAGGCCAAUGA